UUAGAUUGUUUGACUCUGAAAACCAUCCAUCAUGUAAUUUAGAUCAAGCUAACCGAUUUGUAAACAAUAACCUUAAAACUGAAGUUUAUCUAAACAACAAAUAAAAUAAUAUUUCAAUAUGAAGUAAUAUUGUAGUCUUUUGAUAUAGAAAUAUGUCGACUUUUCUCGUAGCAGCUUAUGAUUCUUCAAGUAGUGACGAUGAUCGAUCUACAAAUAACAAAGACGAAGAAAAAUGUGCAGUUCCUUUAGCCUCUGCUGUUGAAAUGCUGGGUACAAACGUAUCAAAUACUUCAACUUCAGUGUUUGCCAAUCCAUAUCGAGAAGCAGAAAAUUAUGAACAGUCUCUUCUUGAGAAGCAUGUAAAGAUGACAACAGUAAAACAAGAAACAUCAAAUAAUAAGAAAAUAUGUUUCAAGUUUUUCAAAAAUAAGUGCACACGUGGAGAUGAUUGUAAAUUUGCUCAUCAUAAUCCAAUACAAAAUAGUAAAACAGAAAAUAUUGAUGAUGAUGAACAAGUGGUUUUAGAUAGUAAAUUUUCAAAAGUUAAAAAACGUUGUGGACUGAAAGAUGAUUUAGUACCUCCAAAAAAGUAUAUGAAAACUUUUAAUAAACUUUUAAAAAAAUGAUGCUUGUAAGAUUGUAAAUAGAAUUUGAUCAAAUUUAAGACAUAUCAAGAUACCUUUUACAACAAAUGGAAUAAUCUUAGCAACAAAAAGAAAUAUUUUUGAAAAAUAAAACUUUAUCCACUUAAAUUUUUAAAGAUGAUUGAUGCAUCAUAGUUGAAUGAUAAAGAAAAGUAGCAUUUAUCAUUUUUAAUUUUUUCUUGAAAACAUUUCAUGGAAGUAUUAUAAUGCUUUCAUGAAAAUAUUGUCUUACGAUUGUUAUUGUGAAAGAAAAUGGAAUCACAUAAGGAAAACAUUGAGCUUUAAGUUGUAUCUAGCUCAAUUAUUUAUUUUAUUUUUUUACUACCACUUUGUAACAGCUUGUGGGCUUAAAUAGCACCAAGACUGCAAUGCAGGGACUUGACAUGGAUUGAACUUGUAUGAGAUGAUGCAUGAAUGAGCCCCUCACUAAAUGUUCAAACUAAAAUUAGUCUAUUCAUUUUCAAUUUGAUGAUGUAUACCAGUGGUUCCCAACCUUUUCUCCCUUGCGAACCCCUUCCUAACACCGAAAGAAGUUGGCGAACCCCUUGGAUACUACUAUGUUAUGUAAUAAGUAACAAGCAAAAAAAAAAAAAAGUGUGCGAGCAAACACACACACACACAUAGACAAUAAAAUGUUGAAGAUUUUUUUUUUAGUUUGAUACUGCUCCAUAGUUUAUAACAAGAAAGAAAACACAAUUGCAAAAUAUAGUUACAAAUAUUGCUACCAACUUGAAUGCUUGCUGAAAAAUGAAUGUAAAACAAACUCAACAAAAUAGUGAGAAAGGUCCCACCAAUGUAUGAUCUGCAGUGAAGAUGUAAUUCCCAAAAAUAUGUGAGCUUACGAAUGCAGAGAUAUCUGCUAAAAGAAGCUUAGUUUUAAAAUUUUGAAAUUUAGCUUAGGUCCUUGCAUCCAUAGGCUCAUAUAAAUGGUAUGAAAAUUAGUUCCUUGUAACCUCAAAGCAUAUACCUGCAAGUAUUUAUUUCUUAUGGUUAAAAAUGUUUUUUUUUUUUUUUUUUUUGAGUCUGGUCGAUUCUCUCCCCCCCCCCCCCCUUGUUUUCUUUUUUUUUAACGUGAUAGACAAUGAUUAGUUUGCAGAUACUUUUAAGUUGUGUGCGCAGAUACUUUAUAUUUUUAUCCAACUCUGGCUAAGAGUAUCGAAUGUGCGAGAGACAAAUGAAUGCAAAAGAAGCAAAAUUUGCUUGAAACAGUUUGAACAUGAAACUUCAUCAGAAACAGGCAUGUUAAAACUCCGCCAUUACAAGAUUUUGCUUCGCGAACCCCCUAAAAACCUCUCAUGAACCCCUAGGGUUUUGCGAACCACUGGUUGGUUACCACUGAUGUGUACAAUUGAAUGUAUAGCAAUAAUUUUUUUCUUUAUUAACAAACAGAUUUAAUUGUUAGAGCGUACAAAAAGUGUCAAAUAUUGCUUUUUUUUUAAAUGUAUAUCUUCCAAUGUCAGAACUUGACAUGUGAGGAAAAUAAAAAAGGACAAAAAAAAGUCAGUGUUAUUUGAUUUCUUUCUUUCC